AUGUAUCAAAAGACUGAAUACGCCGAGACCAGCCUGGUCGCCCUGCGCCAGCUCAUCCGCGACAACUCCUUGGGCCAAAUCACCACGGCCAUCGCGGCCGAUGGCUUCCCGUUGAUUCAAAGCACCCACAUCCCCUGGAUCGUCGCCGUCGACGACGAGGCCAGCGAGACCGACAAGGGCCGCCUGCUCGGCCACAUGGCCAAGAGCAACCCGCAGGUCAAGGCCAUGAUCCAGUCCGUCGAGGGCCAGCCGACCGACGUGCCGGGCGUCUCGGUCCUGAAAGACGAGGUGCUGGUCGUCUUCACGUCCAACGUCCAGCAUUACGUGACGCCCAGGUUCUACACCGAGUCCAAACCCACCACCGCCAAGGUCGUCCCCACCUGGAACUACGCCACCGUCCACGUCCGCGGCAAGGCCACCAUCUACGUCGGUGGUGGCCCGCCCGCGGCCGCGUCCACCAAUGCGGCCGCCAACGCCUACCUCGAAAAGCAGCUCGACCUCUUGUCCGAGCACGGCGAGCGGGUCCUCAUGGACUACACCGGCGAGGGCGGCCGCCCGGAGCCCUGGAAGGUCGCCGACGCGCCCACCAACUACCUCGACAUCAUGCGCAAGAGCAUCAUUGGCAUCGAAAUCGAAAUCACCGAGCUCGUCGGCAAGGUCAAGGCGAGCCAGGAGAUGCGCGCCGGCGACCGCGCCGGCGUCAUCAAGGGCUUUGGCCAGCUGGGCACCGACAUUGGCAAGGCCAUGUCGGCCCUGGUCGAUGAGAAGGACAAGGCCAUCACGGCUGCCAAAGCGGCAAAGGCCGCAGGCGGUGCUGCAGCAGGUGCGGCUUGA